UUAACGCACUUUGCCCUCGGCACUCAGUUACACAGCUGUAAACUAAGCUCCUCUUGUGCUCAACUGAAGUUUUAAGAAAUCACUACGAAAAAAUGGCUGGGACAGACAUAGUCAUCGAUGGAGAGCAAUUCAACCUAGUGUCCAUACCAAACGCAGGAAGCAAACUAGUGCAGACUGCUAAAGAGUAUCUUCUUGGCUCGCUGGAUCUCCACAGCCUGGUAGAAGACUUGGGAAAACUCGGUAACUUCAUUCGCGUCGCGUACAAUGGUGUAGCAGGACACACUGAAGUACAGAUCAAAGUACAGCGAGUUGGCUACAAGAUAACGAAACUGGCCGACAAAUCAGCCGUCACCGUACACAAAUUUAAAGGUGCAUCACAGAGCGUACUCGAAGAACUUAAGGGCACCUACGAAUACUUGCUGGAUGGACUGGAAGAGAUGGCGCUAGAAACACUCUCGCAACUUACCAGCAUUGCCAAAGAUAUGGCUGCGGCUGCAGAUGAACUGCACAACGACUUCGAGAAGGCAACAACCGAUGUAAUAGGUGCUUUAGAAGACACACAGAGAGCCAAAGGUUCUGAGGAAGAAAGAAAGAAAGCUCGGGAGGAAGAAAGAAAGGAAUUUGAAAUCCAAAAACAGAAAGCAGUGAUGCAGCAAAAGCAUGCAACUGAAGCAGAAGAGCGAGCAAAAGCAUUCUAUGACGAGGCUCAGAAGAGAGAAGACAAGGCGAUCGACGCACAGGACAGCCUCCUAAACACAAUAACGGGUGCGUUAACAGGCAUUGUAAGUGCUGCUGCAUCGGUGGCAACUCUUGAGGUCGACAAGGCAGUCCAAAAGAUAGCCAGCAUUGGUGACAAGUCGGGGCACAAAGAAGCCAUGAAGAUGGCAAACAAAGAAAAAAAAAAGCAAAUGGAAGAAAUGCAGAAGCAGCGAGAUCUUCGCCAAGAGGCUUUACUACAGUGCUUAGAAUUCGCAGAGAAAAUCAAAAACUGCCAGGAUGACAGCGCGUUGGCGGAAGCAGCCAUUGAAGCCUUGCACAGCUCCAUCGGCGCACUCAAAUCUCUUUCCGCUAUCAUGAUGAAAGCAGCCAUAUUCUGGCAACAGAUGCAAAUCCACUGUGAGUCUUUGGCGACAGGAGAAAUGCAGAAGCAAGUUGAGAGAGCAAUGAAGCUGGACGAAGGAAAGCGUAUUAAAGUUUGGACUUCUAAUGCCUUCAAGGGAAAAGCCCUGCGGUACUAUUCCAAGUGGGUUGCUCUGGAUGACGUGUGCGGCGUGUACAUGUUGCAGAUCAAGGAGACCAGAGAAGAUCUGUACAAGUACUUGGAGGAUAACCCAACCAUCGAACAGGCCAGAAAGAACGUACGUGAACUAGCGGCCACGUUUGGAAAUGAUUUAAAAGAAGCUCAGCAAAAGCUGGAGAAGGAAAACAAGAAGGCUUUACAGGCGAAAAAGGAACUUGAAAAGUCUUAGGACUAAAGCAAACCUAAAGGAACACAAAACAUCAACAAUAAAGAACUGUGGAGUAAUUACCUUAGUUUACUUGACAUACCUAUUUAAUGUUAAUGUUGUUUUUAUCAAGCCCGAACACAAACCUCCGCUAGGCUUUCCUUUUCUGGACUUUAGUUAUUUUCUAGACUGCAAAUUGCCAUUCUUAAAGGGAGAAAUCUGUUCGAGUUUUCUCUCAAGUAUAUGGAUAUCGUAUACUUUUCGUCUGUUUCUUCAAAGACUUUUAUGACACUUUUUGAUAAUAUAAUUUGUUAUAAUAGCAACCUACAAGCUACUUUUCUCCUUACGUAUUAUGGAGUAUGUCUCCUGCACAUGCAAAAUCGUUACCAUUGAUGCUUUCUUUCGAAGUUUUGCUGAAGUUAUGUGAUGAAUUGUCAAUGCAGUGGUAUGCCAAAAACAAUCUAAGGUUGUUGAAUUCAUUUCAGGGAAAAAUGUUCUCAUAUGAAUAACCUGAUGUUGAAACAUAUAAUAGCGUUUUUGUAGCCAGGAUGUCCAUAAGUGUGAUUGCGACGUAACGCAAUGUUGUUUGAAUAGGUUUAUCACUUAGUUAGAAAACUGCAAAAUUUUUCAAAGGUAACAUCGUUGCAAGUAGGUCUUUGUAAAACACCUAUUGUGUAACACUGGAAAUUUGAACAAACUUAUUUUGUAA